UCUUGGGAUUACGGACGAUUCGGCUUCGUUGCUCAUAGCAGGAGAAAGAUGUCUUUAGCAAGUCUCCUUCCAGCACCGCUGCAUGUGCCUUAUCGCGAAAGAGAUGAAGACGAUGAGUUAGAGAAAGCUUACAAAGAGUUAAAGGUAACAGCUUUUAAGAAAGAGCCUCCUCCAUAUGGAAAAAGACAGGGCUGGAUUCCAAGAAAGUUGGAGGACUUUGGUGAUGGUGGUGCUUUUCCCGAAAUUCAUGUGGCACAGUAUCCUCUGGACAUGGGGCGAACAAAAAAGCCUGCUUCAGGAACAAAUGCUCUACCAGUGCAGCUUGAUUCAAAAGGCAGAGUGAAGUAUGAUGCUCUUGUUAAACAGGGACAUGGCAAAGAUAAGGUUGUGCAUUCCAGAUUCCAAGACUUAGUUCCUGUACAUUUAAAAGAUGAAGGUGAUCCCGACUUAGAAAGACCAUCAGAGGAAGAUAUUGAAGAGACAACCAGGAAAACAAGAGAAGCUCUGGAAAAAGAAGUUACAACAAAAAUUGCUGCAGCACAGCCCACCCAGGUUGCUCAGAAGCCACAGGCAGCCCAGUACAUCAGAUACACACCUUCCCAGCAAGGAGUAGCUUUCAACUCUGGUGCUAAACAGCGAGUCAUAAGAAUGGUGGAGAUGCAGAAAGAUCCUAUGGAGCCACCAAGAUUUAAAACAAACAAGAAGAUCCCUAGGGGACCCCCCUCACCUCCUGCACCAGUAAUGCACUCACCAAGCAGAAAGGUGACUGUGAAAGAACAGCAGGAGUGGAAGAUCCCUCCCUGUAUUUCCAACUGGAAGAAUGCCAAGGGGUACACCAUCCCUCUUGACAAACGUCUAGCCGCAGAUGGGCGUGGUCUUCAAGACCCCCACAUCAAUGACAAGUUUGCAAAGUUGGCUGAAGCACUGUACAUAGCAGACAGAAAGGCUCGGGAAGCUGUUGAAAUGAGAGCUCAGCUGGAAAAGAAGGUUGCACAGCGAGAGAAGGAGAAGAAAGAGCAGAAGUUGGCGGCGCUGGCCAAGCAAGCCAGGGAAGAACGAGCUGGCAUCAGAGCUACUGCAGAGCGGUCUGAAGAGGAGAGAGAAAGAGACCAGCUGCGUCAUGAACGACACAAGGAGAGAGAACGAGAUCGUAGAAUCUCUAAAGCUGCACCCGAUAAAAGGUCCAAACUUCAGCGUGACAAAGAGCGUGACAUAAGUGAGCAGAUUGCAUUAGGCCUGGCUUCUGCUCCUCCCUCACAGGAAGCAAUGUUUGAUCAGCGAUUAUUUAAUCAAAGCAAGGGCCUGGACUCCGGAUUCGCUGGAGAUGACGAUGGAUACAAUGUGUACGACAAGGCCUGGAGACGAGAGGGCAGCACAGCCAAUGCAAUCUAUAGGCCGAGCAAGAAUGUGGACCGCGAUGUUUAUGGAGAUGAUCUGGAAAAACUGGUUCAAACAAGCAGGUUUCAGCCUGACAAGGGAUUUGCUGGCACAGAUCGUGGUCAGCGGCGUGACGGGCCAGUUCAGUUCGAAAAGGAAGAGGAGGAUCCUUUUGGUUUGGACAAGUUUCUUACAGAGGCUAAAAAAGGAAAGAGGCCGUUAGACGAACCCUCCAGAUCAAGGGAUCACGACAGUCGGAGUGCGAAGAGAAAACGAUGAAACAGCCAAAAAUUGUCGUAUCAUUAAAAGUAAUGAACUUCUGUUAAACUACUACUCAAGGAGACAGAACUUGCGUCGAAAAGACAUUUUCAAAAUAUAUUUGUCCUUGUACAAAGAUCCUAGUUUUCUGUCGAUUAAAACAUCAGGUUACGUGACAAAAAUUUCUGUCAGGAACCGCGAGCUGUGUUAGUCAAAUGUUCGUUGUGGAACGAGGAUUAUUCCCAUGGGCCAAUGUAAGCAUUUCGGUCCAUUCAUGACUUUUUCCUGAAUUUCGUGACGUUAUCGUGACGCGGAUUCUAUACCCCGUAUGUGUCAACAACUCUAUUGUUGAUAACCGCUGGCUCUUUACAUCGUCAACAAUGACAAACUGCUUGUUAUUCAGAUGAGUCUUUUCCUGUGUACAUAGGAGUUGUUUGUGUUUAAUCUAAAUAAUUAAAAAGAAAAGGUUUUGUUGA